UUUAAUGUCUAUAGUAGUAGAGUACAAUGGAAAAUGUAAAAAGGGAUAAACAAGAACACAAACAGUGAAGAGAAGAACCAUAAUUGGGAUUAAACUACAAAAACCCAGAAAUGAAAUCAAAUUUGAGAAAUCCAGAAUAUGCUUUAUCUUUGCUUUUUUUCCUUCUUCCCAUAGUCCCUUUCUCUCUCAUCAGUUCUCGUCUUUUCUCUCUCUUCAUUUAGGAUUCCAGAUGUGAAAUGACCCUUUACCCAAUUAACCCAUAAACUCAUUUAGAAGAAAAAUAUCAUAAAUUUUAUAGGGAAGGAUACAAGACUGGAUUUUGGGAUUGUUUAUACACCAUGGAAGAUUCUGGUGAGAUACAAUGUGAAGAAAACAAAGAACUUCCAGAAAAGAACAAGAAAAGGCGCUUCAAGACACCGUCUCAGCUGCAGGCUUUGGAGGAUUUUUAUAAUGAACACAAGUACCCAACUGAAUCCAUGAAGGCAGAGCUUGCGGAAAAGAUAGGUCUGACGGAAAAGCAGGUUUCUGGUUGGUUCUGCCACCGCAGAUUGAAGGAUAAGAGAAUUAUAAAUGGUGAGCUAAACCCACCUGGUAGACAGGAUCUUUCAAGUGGUGUUAUACAAGAUCGUGGUAGUGGGCUAAAACAGGAUUCGUGCAGCAGCACCAAACAAGGUGAUUAUAAGCUUGCUGAUAUACGAGAAGUCGAGAGUAGGAGAUUUUCUCAGAACGGUUUACCUGCUGUUGAGAUUAACUAUGAGCAAAGGGCGCUUGAUGAUGGAACCGAGAUGGAUGAUACAUCUUCAGAAAGUAAUUCAGCUCCUCAAGAUAACCUUCACCCUUAUAAAAGGAGUCCUUUAGUCGUUGAAGCUACAGAUUAUCGGACACCAAAUGGAUUUGUUGCACAAAACAGGAGGCGUGUGGGACCCUCGGGGUACUUGAAAAUCAAGGGCCAAACAGAAAAUGUUGCUAUAACUGCAGUCAAGAGACAACUUGGAAGGCAUUACCGAGAGGAUGGUCCGCCCCUUGGAAUUGAGUUUGACCCACUUCCUCCGGGGUCUUUUGAAUCGCCGAGCAAGAAUGCCAAUACUGAUGCUUAUGGAGUACCUGAACCUGUCGGCCCAAGCUCACAUGACAUGGGUUUUAUUCAUAAGCGACCGGGCCCUAGCACAAUACAAAAUCAGGACAUGUAUGCUGCUCCCAUGGACUAUAGAUCCUUGCAAAAGUCCCCUGACAGUUUCUCUUACCGCCAGUCUAAACAGAAGCCACCUUUUCCUAAUCAUGGUCGUAGUUUUCCAGCCCAGAAAUCUUCUUUGUACGUGGAUUCCUACUCUGCUAGAGAAUCCCCAGAUUAUGGUGGUGGUUUGAACCAAAGUAUGCUACGUAAGCGUGAUCGCAUGGGCAUGGGUUCAGAUACUUACGGCGGAAAAAUUACCAAUGAAGCAGAGGAUUCUUGGUGGAAUAGUUACGAAAAUGAGCAUUCAGUGGCUCCCCGUACAAGAGAACGAUCGGAUUCCAAAGCUGCUGUUGUACCAGUUAGGCAUAAGGAUAUUAUGAUUAGAGAUGAUAGAGUACCACCUACUCGCUUGUUUAAGGACGAAGAGCUUUAUGUGGAUAAAAGGGCAAUAGGCGACCAUCAUGAUUCUGUCAGAUUCAAAAUGCGCCCGACGAAUGAGCUUAAAGCUGGCAAGAAAGCAAGAGAAGAAUUUCUGCAAGAAGAUUAUGCCAUCAGAUUAUCAUCUCAAGAGCCGCAACAAUGGCCUAGACUGAUAACUCGAUCAAAUGAAUUGCCUUCUAGUUUUAGCGAGGACGAAACUGCGGAAACGAGCUCCUCCAUGGACUGAGGAUUUUGAAACGGGAAUCACGGUUAUUGAAAUUUUCAAUGCCCUCGAGCAUAGAUCGCAGGUAUGAUGAAAACGCUGCACCGUUAGAAAGUCCAUUACAAUUGGAUAGUAAUGGAAUGAACAUGGCUUCGCUCCCCUUUCAAUUGGCAGCUUUUAGAAAACAUCAGCUGGUUUCUUUCCAGCCAGAUUUCGUGAUCAUUGCCUUGUCUAUAUAUGUAAAAUUUAUCUGCUUUGAUAUCAUUUAGUUAUCACGUUGCUGCUAUUGACCAGCUAGUUCAACCUUGUAAAUGCCAUUUUGCCUAUGGCUCGGACUCUUUUCGGUAGUGUCAGUAAAUUUGUUUUGUUUUAGCGUUGGGAUUAAGACUUUAACAUUAUUAUUAUAUGUCUCCAUUUCGUACAAUUACAAUUAGGGCGGUACAUGAGAAGAUUAGAAUUUGAACUCUUAGUUAAUAUUGGAUAUAAAAAAUCACUAAGAAUGCACCUCAGAUUGA